GUGGACUCGGGAACUGCAUUGAGCAGAGCAACAUCUCCCACCUGCAAGUCCAAUGAAACCUAACAACCAGAAGAACUGAAAAAACUUGACAUUCUCUCUCUCUUGGAUCAAACCCUCGAUUUUUUUCCACCUUCCAUGGCUUCCAAUGGAGCUCCCUCGAGAGAAGAGGAUACACAAACCAGCUUGGAGAAGAUCAAACGCCAAUUAGCUUCCAGCUCUGGUCGAAAUUUAUUGCAGGGUCCACUUCUCAAGCGAUCCGAAACGCUGAGGAAAUGGAAUGAGAGGUGGGUGAUUUUAGACCCAACAACAGGGAAGAUGGAAUACAAGAUAAGGAGAAAUGAGCCAACAGUCAAGGGAACCAUUGUAUUUGAUGCAAAUAGCACGAUAACACUAUCCCCUGUUAACUUCCAUGGACUACCGAAGUAUGAUGGCUGCUGUUUCUAUGUUGGGACUCCACAGAAAAAAGAUUAUUUCCUCUGUGCAGAAACUCCCGGGGCAGCUAGAGCUUGGGUAUCAACUUUGCAUGCUACACAGUUGGUUCUGAAGGCUCAUAAAGAGGCUGUGAAUUCUUUAAGUGGAAAUGGUUCUGCAAGGCUGGGAACAGUUGCGACCGUAGUUGCUGCUGCCAAUUCAACCUCCCAGGAAGCUUCUAAAGAAAUUGAGGCAGCAAUGCAGAUUGCCAUGAGGAAUGCUCUAGGAUCAAUGAUGAAUAGACCAAUUGAUGGUCCAAUGGAUGAUUUCACGAUCAUGAAGGAGACGUUACAAGUCAAGGAUGAAGAACUACAACAUUUGGCUAGGGACCUUCGCGCUCGGGAUUCAACAAUAAAAGAGAUUGCGGAAAAACUAUCUGAAACUGCUGAAGCCGCUGAGGCUGCGGCAUCAGCUGCUCAUACUAUGGAUGAACAAAGGAGACUUGCUUGUGCCGAGAUCGAGCGUUUAGCAAAAAAUUCAGAAAAACAGUCUGCGUCAUCCAUGUUGAAGCUAAAAGAGUCUGAAGAAAAGGCUAUGGUUCUGAGUAAAGAAAAAGAUCAACUAAUUAAGCAGAGGGAUUCUGCCCUUCAAGAAGCACAUUUAUGGCGUUCUGAGCUUGCAAAAGCUAGAGAGCGUGUUGUAAUUUUGGAAGGAGCUGUUGUUAGGGCUGAGGAGAAGGUCAGGGUUACAGAGGCUGAGGCUGAGGCUAGACUAAAGGAAGCUGCACAAAAUGAGGCAGCAGCUUUAAAGGAGAAACAAGAGCUUCUUGCGUACGUGAACAUGUUACAAGCACAACUUCAAAGACAACAGGUUGAUACAAAGCAAGUUUUUGAGGAGAAGACGGAGUCCUGUUCAGACAACGGUAAUGCUCCACCACGGACAAAGCAUGUGGACCCAUCGGAGGAGAAUGUAGACAAGGCAUGUCUAAGUGUUUCUAGGGCAAUCCCAGUGUCCGGAGAGAGUGUUGUUUGUUUGGCGGUGGAUCAACCCAAUCUUGGCCGUCCAAUUGGAGACGGUGAAUGGAGUGACAUUCAAGCAACAGAGGCAACGAUAGCUGAUGUGAGAGAAAUUUCGCCAGAGGCAGAAGGGAGAAGCUUGGAUAUACCGGUGGUUAGCCUACCAGUUAACAGUCACCAUGAGCAGGAUAUGAACUCUUUCCAUCAGCCUUAAAUAUUUUGUUUCCUAUGAUUUAAAGCAGCGGACAUCUUCAUUUCGGGAUUGGACACUCAUAAAGGUCAGCUACAGCCUACGGGAUUAAAACCUGAUCUUUCUUGAGGUGUCCCUUUUAGUUCAUACCUGAUGCUCUAUUGAUUAAACUAUCUGAUGUGGAUUGUUGUUGAAGUCUAUAUGUUUUUUCUGUUAUUCAACGGAUAUACGAAAUUUUAUGUAGAGUUCUGUUUCAGGCAUUUCUUGCUAUAAAAAUCAAUGUGACAAUCUUGUAAAA